GCCCGGGCUCGCCCCGCGCCGCGCCAGAGCCUCGCGCACUCAGCAGGUUGUGCUGCGGCGGCGGCAGCUGUGGGAACCGACGGGCUGCGUGUGAGAGGUCCCAGACGCGUGUGCGACUCCGGCGCCGCCACUCUCAGCCUCUCUCACCCCAGUUUCCGUGCCGGGUGCUGAGAAGGGAACGGCGCUAGCCUUGGGAAUCCUGGAAGCACACCCCUGGCUGCUUCCGACACCGCCCUCCUUCCCUUCCCAGCCGCGGGCCUCGCUCGGUGCUAGGCGACUCCGCGGGGAGGCGGCAGUGACGGUUGCCUGUCUGUGGAGAGGAGUCCUCCCCUUCAGCCUCGCUGCGCUGCCCGGGCCCUGCAGCGGCCGAGAGCUCGGCGCCCGCCCCCUCUCGCCUUUUUCGUCAACGGGUUAGGGCAGCGUCGGUCCGGGAAGUCUCUGGGCUGAGGCGGCGGCUGGUCCUCCGGCUCCAUCAUGUCCGCGGGCGGAGACUUCGGGAACCCGCUGAGGAAAUUCAAGCUGGUGUUCCUGGGGGAGCAGAGCGUUGGAAAGACGUCCUUGAUCACCAGAUUCAUGUAUGACAGUUUUGACAACACCUACCAGGCAACAAUUGGUAUUGAUUUUUUAUCAAAAACAAUGUACUUGGAGGAUCGAACAAUCAGGCUGCAGCUGUGGGAUACUGCGGGUCAGGAACGUUUCCGUAGCCUCAUUCCCAGUUACAUCCGUGAUUCUGCUGCAGCCGUAGUAGUUUACGAUAUCACAAAUGUUAACUCAUUCCAGCAAACUACAAAAUGGAUUGAUGAUGUCAGAACAGAGAGAGGAAGUGAUGUUAUCAUCAUGCUAGUAGGAAAUAAAACAGAUCUUGCUGACAAAAGGCAAGUGUCAAUUGAGGAGGGAGAGAGGAAAGCCAAAGAGCUGAAUGUUAUGUUUAUUGAAACUAGUGCAAAAGCAGGAUACAAUGUAAAACAGCUCUUCCGACGCGUUGCAGCAGCUUUGCCUGGAAUGGAAAGCACACAGGACAGAAGCAGAGAAGACAUGAUUGACAUAAAACUGGAAAAGCCUCAGGAGCAGCCAGUCAGUGAAGGAGGCUGUUCCUGCUAAUUCCCCAUGGCACCUUCAACUCUUCUCCAGAAGCUCACUGCUUUGGCACCCUUACUCUUUCAUUGACUGCAGUGUGAAUAUUGGCUUGAACCUUUUCCCUUCAGUAGUAACCUAUCGCAAUUCGUCAUUGCUGCCUGUUUCGUGGAGAUGAUCUAUUAGCUUCACAAGCACAAAAAAGUCAGUGUCUUCAUUAUUUAUAUUUUACAAAAAGCCAGAUAAUUCCAGCCUAUUCCAGUGAUAACUUUCAAAAUUAGACACAAUUUCUUAACAUUUUUUCCCCUUUUUAAUGUUACGAUAAUGUACUUCAAAGUGAUGGAAAUGCUUGGUUAAGGAGCAGUUGCUACCUACGUGGUACGUCCUUGUUUUUCUCACCUCUCCCUAACCCCAGUCCCUACUCUUAACACUCCCUCCUUCAAAACAAAGAUGAGGUGGCAAAGCAGCAGUCUCACCAAGCCCAUUGGAAUUACCCUUUGGUUAUAGCAGUACCACUUGCUUAAGGUCUUGGGCCAAGAUGUCCAAAAUUAUUCUUGAGCACUGAUAUAAAUUAUUAAGACCUUAUUUGAAGUGAAAACUCAACUAUUAUGGUGCAGGCAGUGCUUAAGUAAAAUAAGAAAAGAGUUCUGGUGCAUCUUCAAAAUGAGUCCUAAUGAACAUACUGAGUACUUAAGAGUAAAGGAACAUAAAAUGUAUUUCUGACCAAAACAAAUUGACCUUUUCACAUGUUGGACUCCUGGGGAGAAAAGUGAAAAUGCUUUAGAACAGGUUUUUAAUAUUUAAUUCUUCUAAUAAACUGUUUCUCCCAAGACUUUAAAAUUGUUCAAGACAGAAUUAUUCUGUUUAAAAAAAAAAUUUUUUUUUUAAGGCAAUAGAUUUCUCUUGGGUUUUCUUUUUUUAAAAAAAUGCUAUGCAGGCAAGACACUGUAGAAGUCAAACUCCUUUAAGAAGAACCAGUGAAAGAAUUUAAAUUUGGCACCUUGAUCAAAACUACUAUAACUAGUAGAAACAAUGCUAUCUAAAGCUUACCAACAAGAGAAUCCUCAACAGAAUAGCAAAUACUUUUGCUCAGGACAUUUCAGGUCAAGUUGAAAACAGAAAUGAUUUCUUAAAAGCCCUUGAGGCAGAUUUGAAAAAUAGGGAAAGGAGAGAAUGGAAAUAAACUCAGAAUUAUGCAGAUUUAUGCCUUAUUUUUUAGCUUUUUCUUUUUUUUUUUUUUAAAUGUUGGGUCUUUGGGCUGGUUUUGCUUUGUAUUAGAUCUGUAUAGUUUGGUUAAUUAACUAGUGAUUUAGUUUUAUAUUUAAACUUCAAUUAACCUUUUUUCUUUGGUGAUAUUUAUUUCUUUGCCUUUUUUUAAAAACUAUUUUUAAUUUUUAGAUGUUUUUGUUCAGUCUGUUUAGAGCUUCAUCACCAUGGCAAUAUGUAUUUCCCUUUAAACACUGCAAACAAAUAUACUAGGAGUGCUUCAUUUUAAUCUUUACUAGUUAUUGUGAGAUUGCUGUGUAAGUUAAUAAACACAUUUGUAAAUACAUUGUUUGCAGGAAGAAAAUUUCUGAGUUGCAGCUCAGGAAAAGCCUGCUGAAUUUAUGUUGUAAGCAUUACUUAACACAGUAUAAAGAUGAAAAGACAACAAAAACAUCUUCAUAUUUCCUCAUCCCCUCACUGCAACUGGGAGAAUCUUAAUCCCCUCUCUUUCCUCUUCCUCCUCCACUUCUCACUUAAUGUCACCUUGUAAUAUUCAGAGAGCACUUGGAUUAUGGGUCUGAAUAGAGAAAUGCUUUCAGAUAAUCAUUAGCCCACAUACCAGUAACUUACACUUAAAGAUGGGAUGGAGUUGUAAAGUGCUUUUAUAAUAUAAUAUUAUUGUUAAAGGCAAGGGUUGACUUUUUUGUUUUAUUUUGACAUGGCAUGUCCUGAAAUAAAUAUCAAUUCAAUAUGG